UGGAGCUGCUGCCCCUGGCGUCCAUGGCGUACACUGUGACUCCCACGCCGGCGGGGCCCGUCGGCUCCCAGUACUGCGUCUGCAAAGUCGAGUUGUCCGUGUGCGGCCAGAACCUUCUGGACAGGGAUGUCACUUCCAAAUCCGACCCCUUCUGUGUCCUCUUCAUGGAAGUCAACGGGAAGUGGGUGGAGCUUGACAGGACAGAGACAGCUGUGAACAACCUCAACCCAGCUUUUGCCAAGAAGUUCAUUGUCGACUACCACUUUGAAGAAGUGCAGAAGCUCAAGUUUGCGCUGUUUGACCAGGACAAGUCCAGCAUGCAGCUGUAUGAGCACGACUUCCUGGGCGAAUUCUCCUGCACGCUGGGCAUGAUCGUCUCCAGCAAGAAAAUAACAAGGACUCUCCUUCUGGGGAAUGGCAAGCCAGCUGGGAAAGGGAUGAUAACGAUAGCUGCCCAAGAGCUCUCGGAUAACAGGGUGAUCACUCUGAGCAUGGCUGGCAGAAAACUGGAUAAAAAGGACCUGUUUGGGAAGUCAGACCCCUUCUUGGAGUUUUAUAAACCAGGUGAUGAUGGGAAGUGGAUGCUGGUCCACAGAACGGAGGUGAUCAAGUACACGCUGGACCCCGUCUGGAAGCCGUUCACUGUGCCUUUGGUGUCACUGUGCGAUGGAGAUGUAGAGAAGCUGAUAAAGGUGAUUUGCUACGACUACGACAGUGAUGGGGGACACGACUUCAUCGGGGAGUUUCAGACCUCGGUGGCCAGGAUGUGCGAAGCCCAAGAUGCCUUUGCGCUCGAGCUAGAAUGCAUUAACCCCAAAAAGCAGAAGAAGAAAAAGAACUACAAGAACUCCGGGAUCAUCAUUGUCAAGUCCUGCAAAAUUACCAGAGAUUUCUCCUUCCUGGACUACAUCCUGGGAGGCUGCCAGCUGAUGUUUACCGUUGGGAUUGACUUCACAGCCUCCAACGGGAACCCGCGAGACCCCUCCUCCUUGCACUAUAUCAACCCCAUGGGGACAAACGAGUACUUGUCGGCUAUCUGGGCUGUCGGCCAGAUCAUCCAGGACUACGACUCAGACAAGAUGUUUCCUGCUCUGGGAUUCGGCGCCCAACUCCCGCCGGACUGGAAGGUAUCCCAUGAGUUUGCCAUUAACUUCAAUCCCACGAACCCGUUCUGUUCAGGUGUGGAGGGCAUUGUCCAAGCGUACUCGGCCUGCCUGCCCCACAUCCGCUUCUACGGACCCACCAACUUCUCCCCCAUCAUCAACCACGUGGCCCGCUUCGCGGCUCAGGCCACCCAGCAAGAGGCUGCAUCCCAAUACUUCAUCCUCCUCAUCAUGCUGCGCUCCCACACCGGCGAGGAGGCCGUGCGCGACAUCGUCCAGUUCGUGCCCUUCCGGGAUUUCCGCAAC